UUGUCUGAGCAACAGCAGAGCUGCAGUCGAGACAAGUCUCUCUGUUUCUCUCUAAAGAAACAUUCAACUGAAUCCAUCAGGUUUUUCUCAACAAAACAGCAGAAUCUCUGCCAAACCCUGAGUGUGGAUAUGUCUGCUGCCAGCUGUCUGCUGACUGAAGAUCAGUUUCUGUGCUCCAUCUGUCUGGAUGUGUUCACUGAUCCAGUCAGCACACCAUGUGGACACAACUUCUGUAAAACCUGCAUCACUCAACACUGGAAUAUUAAUGUCCCGUGUCAGUGUCCCAACUGUAAAAAGGUUUUCAACACAAAACCUGAGCUGCAGGUCAACACUUUCAUCUCUGAGAUGGCUGCUCAGUUCAGACAGUCAGCUCAACAGAAAGCCAGCAGCAGUAGCUCAGAGCAACAAGCUGCCAAACCAGGAGAAGUUCCCUGUGACGUCUGCACUGGAACCAAACUGAAGGCCCUGAAGUCCUGCCUGGUGUGUCUGGCCUCCUACUGUGAGACUCACCUGGAGCCUCAUCUGACAAUGGCAGGCCUGAAAAGACAUCAGCUGAUCGACCCUGUGGAGAACCUGGAAGGCAGGAUGUGUACGAAGCACGAUAAACUGCUGGAGCUGUUCUGUAAGACCGACCAGAUGUGUGUCUGCAUGCUCUGCACUGUUUCAGACCACAAGACACAUGAUGUUGUUCCUCUGAAAGAAGGAUAUGAAGGAAAGAAGGCCGAGCUGGGGAAGACAGAGGCUGAAACUCAGCAGAUGAUCCAGAAGAGACGUCUGAAGAUUCAGGAGAUCAAACGCUCAGUGGAGCUCAGUAAGGAAGAUGCAGACAGAGAGAUAGCAGGUGGUGUUCAGGUCUUCAGCGCUCUGAAGGAGUCUGUUGAGAGAAGCCAGGCCGAGCUCAUCGACACGAUCAAAGAGAAGCAGAGAGAGACAGAGAAACAGGCUGAAGGCUUCAUCAAAGAGCUGGAACAGGAAAUCUCUGAGCUGAAGAAGAGAAGCUCUGAGGUGGAGCAGCUCUCACGCUGUGAAGACCACCUCCACCUCCUCCAAAGACUCCUGUCCCUGAACGCUGCUCCACCCACCAAGGACUGGACAGAAGUCAGCGUCCGUCCACCUUCAUAUGAGGGGACUGUGAGGAGAGCUGUGAAUCAGCUGGAGGAGACGCUCAGUAAACAGAUGAAGAAGCUGCUUGAGGCCGAGCUGAAGAGGGUCCAGCAGUAUGCAGUGGAUGUGACACUCGAUCCUGAUACAGCACAUCCUGAACUCAUCCUGUCUGAUGAUGAAAAACAAGUUAAACAUGGUGAUGUAAAGAAGAAUCUCCCAGACAACCCAGAGAGAUUUUUUCCUUAUCCUUGUGUCUUAGGAAAGCAGAGAUUCUCUUCAGGAAGAUUUUACUACAAGGUUCAGGUUAAAGGGAAGACUGACUGGGAUUUAGGAGUGGCCAGAGAGUCGAUCAACAGGAAGGGAAAAUUCACAAUGAGUCCUAAGGAUGGUUACUGGAGGUUAUGUUUGAGGAAUGAAAAUGAGUACACAACUGACCCUGCAGCCAAUGCUUGUACUGACACUUCAGUCCAUGUCUCUCUGAAGUCUCAGCCUGAGAAGGUGGGGGUGUUUGUGGAUUAUGAGGAGGGUCUGGUCUCUUUUUAUGACGUUGAUACUGCAGCUCUUAUCUACUCCAUUACUGGCUGCUGCUUCACUGCGAAACUCUACCCAUACUUUAGUCCCAGUCCUAACUAUGAUGGUAAAAACUCUGCCCCUCUGAUCAUCUCUCCUGUCAAUCACACUGAGUAGAACAACCAUUUGAAUAGCAACAUUUAUGCAAUUAAUUUGUUGCGGAUGUACUGUGUAUAUAUAUAAAAAUGUUAUUUUUUUGUAAUGUUUUUCUUUGGUGUGUCAUGUUGCUACUUACUACUACAACACACCAAAUUAACUGCUGUGAUUAAUUUGAUCCAGUGUCGUCUAAUUUAUUCUAAUUGCAUUACCUGCCUUUAAGAUUGUGAGCUCUUACUAGUAUUUAUUGCUGCUCUUACUAGUAUGUAUUUUCAGUUGUAGAUCUGUAGUUGAUGCUCUGUUGAUGCUUGUAUGUUGUUCCUCAAAUGUAAGUCGCUUUGGAUAAAAGCGUCUGCCAAAUGAGUAAAUGUAAUGUAAAUGUUAAAGAUGGCAAAUCAUCAGAAUCCUCAGAAAUAAUAAGCAUUUGCACGUUCCUUAAAUGUUUGGACCAAAUUCUGAACUUUUCAUUGUCUGAUCAUUGUUUCUAUAAGAAGUGCUGCAUACUGGCACAAAUUACUGAAGAGCAGUUUAUAAAUAAGACAAAAAUAUCUUGCUUUUCCCCGACACAUUUCUGACAGAUCGCAGAGGCCUGCCAGAUAUGUAGUAUGCCAAAUGUCUGGAGGAGUCGACAUAAGCUCUGUGGUUCCAGAAACGGUGAACCCCUUACAGUUUACCUACCGUGGACGAGUCGGUGGCUCUGACGCUUCACUCUACACUUGGACACUUACAGAACAUCUGCACAUAUUCUCUUUUUGGAUUACAGUUCUCCAAAUAUUAAUCAAACAGAUUAGACAUAUUUUAGGCUACUCAUGAACCUGUGAUUGUAAAGUGAUAGUCCGACUCAGUAGGCCUAUGCCUAUUAAUGAUUUUUUGGCAGUGGAAAAUGUGUCUAGGUUCAAACCGAAUGUGAAG